AUGCAGGCCUAUCUUCAGUACCGCCGCAUUGGCCAUGCCGUGCGCAAACAACUUGAAGAUUUCCCGGAGUUUGCCCGACCAGGUGUCGCCAAAGAUGACCUGCCGGAGGGGAUCCCCGGAGACGCUCCUAACACAGGUUCACGCCGCCGUUCGAGUCCGUUGCUGCCAGGUGUGCAGCUGAAGGACGUAGUUGAGAACGAUGGCACCUCCUCAUCCGUCUUUCUCGUCGACUGGGACGGUGACCAUGAUCCCAUCAAUCCGCGCAACUACAGCCGCGCCACCCGCAUCGGCGCAACCCUGAUGGUGUCCGCCCUGGGUUUCGCCGUCGGUGCGGCCUCAUCUAUCGAAUCCGGCGUGCUUCCCCAGAACGCAGCAGCCUUUCACGUCAGCGACGUCGUCGCAUCGCUCGCAACGGGUAUGUAUCUGCUCGGCUUCGCAGCAGGCUCGCUCGUCUCCGGGCCCCUGUCUGAAAUCCUAGGCCGCAACGCCGUCUACACCGGCUCCCUCACGCUCUUCAUGAUCUUCGUCAUGGCCUCAGGACUAGCCCCCAAUAUCGGCGCACAGCUCGCUUUCCGCUUCCUGGCUGGCAUCUUCGGUUGUCCACCGCUGACCUGCGCCGGCGGUACCAUCGCCGACCUUUGGAACCCCCUGGAGAAAACCCUCUUCUUCCCUCUUUACGCCAUCCUCUCCUUCGGCGGGCCCGUCCUCGGCCCCGUCAUCGCUUCCUACAUGGGCGAGGGCACGCUCUCCUGGCGCUGGACCAAUUGGAUCAUCCUCAUCCUGGCAGGUUUCAUCCUGGCCCUGAUCCUCCUGGUGCAGCCCGAGACCUACGGCCCCCUACUCCUGAAAUGGAAGGCGCACCAUCUCCGCCACCAAACGGGAGACAACCGCUACCGCUCAUCGAUGGAUCUCCAGGAGACGGCGCUAUUCUCUCGCAUCGGAACCGCCUGCAUGCGACAAUUCGCCCUGACCAUUCACGAACCCAUCAUCCUGCUGAUCUCUCUCUACAUGACCGUCAUCUACAUCGUGCUCUUCACCUUCUUCGACGGAUACACCUACAUCUUCACCGACGUGCACGGCCUCUCCCAGGGCCUAACCAACAUCGUCUGGGUCGCCAUGUACGUCGGCAUCUCGAUGGCCGGCCUUUUCAAACCCAACCUCGACGACCCUACUACUACUACCGACGACGACGACACUCAAAAGCCCACCCAGCAACAGCACAAACACGUCGCUCGUCCCGAGAACCGUCUCUGGUUCGCCAUGCUCGGCGCUCCCGCCAUUCCCAUCGGCUUAUUCUGGAUGGGAUGGACUGACUACAGCACUAUCUCAAUCUGGUCCCCCAUCAUCGCAUCCACCGUCUUCGGCUUCGGCACUAUCUGCGUCUUCAUCUCCUCAUACAUGUACGUCAUCGACGCAUACGACAUCUACGCCGCCUCUGCGCUGGGCUUCAUGACAGUGUCGCGCUACUGCGCGGCAGGCGGGAUGACAGUCGUGGGCAUCCCGUUUUAUAGUAAUAUGGGGGUGCAUUGGACGUUGACGAUCCUGGGGGCGAUUAGUGCCUUGAUGACGCCCGUUCCGUAUGUGUUCUAUCGGUAUGGUGUGGUGAUUCGGGGGUGGAGUCGGUAUGCUGUUUAAAUUUGAUGAGUUACAGGGUAAAGAUGACGAUGAGCAUGGAGAUGGAGAUGAGAAUAAUGAAGGAUGGUUUAAAACGAGUAGAUGGGAUAUAAAUAUAGAUGUAUAUAUAUGGGUGG